AUGAUAUAUAAAGGACACAGAAAAAUAAAAAUAUAUAGGUACAUUAUUUAUUUAGGAGACAUAGGUAGUUUAAGUUUUCCUGGUAAAAAAUGAGGACUUUAUUCAUAAUAUGCACGGCUCUAACACUCUUACAGAUUUUUGAUGUAUCCAUCAAGGGAGUUUUAUCAGCUGGCGAAAAGGGAGACAAAUUAGGUAAACCAAAGGCUGGAGGAAAUAAUACAAAGCCAGGAAAUAGCGAUCCAUCAAAGACUGGAGGAAAUAAUACAAAGCCAGGAAAUAGCGAUCCAUCAAAGACUGGAGGAAAUAAUACAAAGCCAGGAAAUAGCGAUCCUGGAACAAAUCCUAACGACGAUGACUCGACGGAAGCUAAUCCACCAAAAACCAUCAAAGAAUCGGGUAAAAGAGUUGUAAAAACUUUGAGGAAGAUGGCCACCAAUCGGGGGGUCGGUUUAUUAAAUGGUGUUACUGGAUUCCUGAAAAAAUCCGGUGGUGUAUUCAACUUUUUUGGAAAUUUCUUACGAGACCGGUCAAGCAAAGUGAAGGACGUGGCUAAGCAAAGUUUAGGGAUGGUAGGAAGUUUCAGUGACAGUUCAGCAAGAGGAGCGUCACAUUUACUCAACAGUGGUAAGACUAUCGCUACACAGGGUGGAAAAGAAUUAUAUUCCGCGUUGCAAAAAGUGACUAAGUUGGGUACGAAUGUAACGAAACUUGGAGGAACUGUUGCGAGCACACCGCUAUCUAUAGCCGAAGACGUAGUGGGCACCGCCAACCGGUUUGCUAGAAUUCCAAGUAAAUUGUCGAAAACGGUUACUAACAGCGCAAUAAAACCGAUUUUAAGUUAUUUGGGAUCAAACAGCGACGAACAACCCGAUAAAGAAGAAAAUGGAGAAGAAGAACCCGCCGCUACCCCAAGAAGCAAAGAAAACAACAGCGACGCAUCCCCAAGCAAAGAAAGCAGAGAAACCUAAAAAACUAACAACAUAACCUGACAGAUAAUAACUAUACUGUAUUGAUAUUUGUAAAAAUUAUAUGGAUAUGAUGAUAUAAUAUUAAAAGAGUAUUACCGUUUAAUUGGACAGCGAGCAAGUUAAAAGGGAAUAGGCAACUCGAAAUCGUUACCUACUUUUUAAGAGGUGAAAAAGAAAUUUUCAUUUCUGUACUACUGUUGACUGUAUUGGCUGUAAAGACUUUUCAAUUUUUUAUUCAAAAUAAUUAAAUUCCAAAAAUCAAAUAUUUUGGUUAUGAAAUCUACGCAGAACAUUUUAUUUUACGUGAUUCCAUAACAAUUUAAGUGUACUCAUUCCCUUUUAUACGCUCACUGUUCAAUAAUAAUUUUAGUGUUGAAAUAAAUAUUAUAAUCUUGUAAUGAC